GCCUGCUGCAGUCGUCUCCGCCUCUCGCGGGGCCUGGGCUGCUCCUCCGACGGAGGCGGCUUGGCUGCUGCCUUUUCCCGCCCCUUGAAAGCCGGGGAGGGCGGAGGAGGAGGAGAGAGGGAAGGAGGCGCCGCCGCUGAGGCCGCGAAUGAAGGGGGAAGAAGGAAGGCGAGAGGCGGCGGCGGCGGCUCUGAGGGAAAGCCGAGGCCGUUGCAGGUUUAAACCGGGCCGUGCGCCUUCCCUUCCUGCCUGCCUGCCUGCCUGCCUCCGACCGAAAGGCAGACCACUGAAGCAGACCAGAGACUGUGACCUGUUUGCCUGAGACUGAAGUACCCUGCGGCAACGGUUUAAUCCAGAGGCAAACAAGGUAGAAACCUAUAAAGCAUCCAUGUUUAGGAAACGUUACUGCAGACAGAAACGAUAAAAUAUCAAGAGGAAAACAGAAGAUGAGUAUGUUAAAACCAAGUGGGCUUAAGGCUCCCACCAAGAUCAGCAAGCCUGGAAGUGUGUUAGCGAAAACAACUGCACCUGCUGCUACUGCUUCAACGCCACCUGAAAAGACAGCAGCCAGCGAGAAAGCGUCAACUGCGUCCUCCUCAGAAGCACAGGAUGAGUUUGUGGAUGACUUCAGAAUCGGGGAGCGUGUCUGGGUCAACGGGAAUAAGCCUGGUUUUAUCCAGUUCCUGGGAGAAACACAGUUUGCUCCCGGACAGUGGGCAGGGAUUGUUUUGGAUGAGCCCAUUGGCAAGAAUGAUGGUUCUGUGGCUGGAGUGCGUUAUUUCCAAUGUGAGCCUUUGAGGGGAAUCUUUACAAGACCAUCCAAGCUCGCACGGAGGGUGGGAGCAGAGGAGGAACCCAAUGGUACGCAGGCGGCUUCAGCUUCUCGAGCAACAUCCCCAACCAUAUCAGCCACUAGCCUUGUGUCUUUGCCUUCCGCAGCGGCACCAUUACCUCCCACGGGUAUUCCCCAUAAGACCUCCCCUCUGGUUACAAAGGAACACCCAACUCCUCAAGUUAGCAAUCUUUCCAAAACAGCAAGUGAAUCCAUAUCAAACCUUUCUGAAUCUGGCUCCCUAAAGAAAGGUGAAAGAGAACUCAAAAUGGGAGAUAGAGUUUUGGUUGGUGGUACGAAAGCUGGCGUAGUUCGCUUCCUGGGAGAAACAGACUUUGCUAAAGGUGAAUGGUGUGGUGUAGAAUUAGAUGAACCUCUGGGAAAGAAUGAUGGUGCAGUGGCUGGAACAAGGUACUUCCAGUGCCAGCCCAAGUAUGGCCUGUUCGCGCCUGUUCAUAAAGUUACCAAGAUUGGCUUUCCGUCAACGACACCAGCAAAAGCCAAGACAACAGUCAGAAAAGUAAUUCCGACACCCACAAGCUUGAAACGCAGCCCAAGUGCCUCCUCUCUCAGCUCUCUCAGUUCCGUGGCCUCAUCAGUAAGCAGCAAACCAAGCCGUACAGGACUAUUGACAGAAACAUCAUCAAGGUAUGCAAGGAAAAUCUCGGGCACCACCGCUCUUCAGGAAGCCCUCAAAGAGAAACAACAACACAUAGAGCAACUGCUGGCUGAGAGGGACCUGGAGAGAGCGGAGGUUGCCAAGGCCACCAGCCAUGUUGGGGAAAUAGAGCAGCAACUGGCACUGGCACGAGAUGGGCAUGAUCAGCGCAUACUUGAAAUGGAAACUAAGAUGGACCAGUUGCGGGCCUUGGUAGAAGCCGCUGACAGAGAGAAAGUGGAGCUCCUUAAUCAAUUGGAAGAAGAGAAAAGGAGGGUUGAAGACCUCCAGUUCCGUGUAGAAGAGGAAUCCAUUACCAAAGGUGACCUAGAGACGCAGACCAAACUGGAGCAUGCCCGCAUUAAGGAGCUUGAACAGAGCCUGCUCUUUGAAAAGACCAAAGCUGACAAACUCCAGAGGGAGUUAGAAGACACUAGGGUGGCCACUGUAUCAGAGAAAUCUCGCAUCAUGGAACUGGAGGAAGAUCUAAUACUACGCGAAAAGGAAGUAACUGAGUUACGAGCAAAAUUGGAGUCUAGUAAGCCAGAGAGCAGUGUGGACACUUCUGCCGCAUUGUUACAAGAAAUUAACACUCUGAAAGAGAAAAUGACAACACUAAGUAAGGAGCAUGAAGAUGAGAUAAAGUCACUGAAAGAGAAGGUUGGAGUUAAUGAAGAAUCAUUCCAGAAGGAGAUGAAAGCCUUGCUAGCAGCCAAUGAAAAAAUGGCAAAAGAGAACGAAUCCCUUAAAAUGAAACUGGAUGCUGCCCAGAAGGAGAAUUCAGAUGUGACUGAUCUGUGGAAAUCUAAGCUGGAAUCUGCUAUUCUGUCACAUCAGCAAGCGAUGGAAGAACUGAAGACAUCCUUCAGCAAAGGAGUUGGAGAUCAGACCACUGAAUAUGCAGAUCUCAAGGCCCAGAUUGAGAAGAUGAGAGUAGAGCAUGAGAGUGAAACGUCAGACCUGAAAGUAAAGCAAGAAAAUGAGAAGUCAUCUUUGCUGAAGGAGGUUGAUGUUCUCAAAGAAAAGGUGAAGGGAGUGACAGAAGAGAAAGAGAAAAGCUUGGAGGCCAUGAAGACCAAAUUGGAAAAAGCUGAAGAACAGCACCUCAUGGAAUUGGAAGAGAGUCUAAACAAGUUGCAGGAAGCUGAGAUAAAGGUAAAGGAGCUGGAGGGGCUCCAGGCCAAGUGCACGGAACAAGCCGAGGCGAUUGAUAGUUUUAAAGCAAAGAUCAAAACCACCGAAACAAAGCUCUUGGAACUUGAUGCCCUUCAGAUGGCCAAUUCUGAAGGUAAACUGGAGUUGGAGAGACUUAGCAAGGAGCUUGAGGCAGCUGAAAAAAAGAUACAGAGUUUAGAGAAUGAACAGACUAGUGAAAGUAGCCAGGCUGUUAGUCUAGGCGAAGAACUGCAAGGGAAAGAGCAAAAGCUUCUUGAACUUGAAAAUCACUUGAGUGCAGUAAAUCAACUUAAAGAUUCUUUAGAAAAGGAACUGGAAGAUUUGAAAGGAAAAUUUACUAAGGCUGCUGAUGAAGCAGAAAGUGUACACAAAUCUAUGCAAGAAACUGUUGAAAAGCUAAUCCAAAAAGAACAGCAGUUUGCACAUGUUUCAUCUGAACUAGACCAGUUGAGAUCUAAUCUGACAGACAUGGAAAAUAAAUUAAGAGAGAGAGAAGAAACAGAAAAACAGCUGACUGAAGUUAAAGCCAAACUUGAAAAUGAUAUAGCUGAAAUAAUGAAAUCCUCAGGAGACAGUUCUUUACAACUUACAAAGAUGAAUGAUGAUCUGCGGCAGAAAGAGAACACAAUCAAGGAGCUCCAACUUCAGCUCACGAAGGCGACUGAGGAUGCUACUCAGCUGCAAGAGAACAUGGAGCAAACAACUUGUAACGCUGAAAAGGCACAGCAAGAAGUGCAGAAAAAGCAUCAGGCAGAACUGCAAGAAAUACAGGACAAAUUAGGCGACUCGGAGAAGCAAAUAGCAGCCAGCCUAAAACAGUAUAAAGACCUGCAGGUGACACAUGAAAAAACACUUGUUGAGGUGGCUGCUAAGCAUGCUGUGGCCAUCAAGGAGCUUAAGCAAAAACUUCAGGAAAGCGAAAAGCUAUUGACAAGUGCACAAAAGAGAAACACCGACUUGGAAAACCUGGCCAAGGGACUGAAAAGAGAAGCAAAGCAGGCAAAGUCCUUAACAUCUGAGUUAGAGGCAGCCAGAGAACAGACUGAAGUAAUGUCAGUCAAUAUGAGGGCUUUGUUGUCAGAGAAAGAAUCCUUGAUACAGGAGGGAAGUGCUUUAAAAUUAGAAAAAGAGUCCUUAUUGUCAAAGCUUGUAGACUUGGAAUCCAAGGCUGAGUACUUAAAACAAGAUCAGGAGAAACUGUGGACCUUGAACGAAGAGCUAAAACUACAGACCAAAACGAUGCUAAAACAGAGACAAGAAGCGGAAGAUAAAACCGAGCAGGAAAAAGCAAAAAAUGAUGAAUUAAUUUCUGAGAAGGGAAAGUUGCUCUUGGAACUAGAAACAGCCCAAGAAGAUCUACUCAGGAUAACUCGAGAGAAUGACAUUCUGCGUACCUCAAAGGCGUCUCUCCUCCGCCAGGUGGAUGAGCUCCAAAUCCGUAGCGAAACCUUCGCCCAGGAAUGUCAGAAGCACAUCAGCCAAAGGGUAGAAUUAGAAGAUUGUCAAAAGAAGCUUUCUGAUGAAAACUCAGCUCUUCUGAAGGAUAAGGAUGAUGUUAUUCAGAAGCUGAAGAACUCAUACGAAGAUAUGGCUCGCGACCAAAAGGAACUUCUUCAGGAAGUAACAACACUUGCGUCUGAAAGGGAUUCACUGUUGGGGAAACACUUGGAUCUUGAAAACAGACACAUGACUUUGAAAAGGGAGAGGGAUCAUCUGUUUCAAACUACCCAAGAGCUACAGUCAGACAAAGAGUCUCUCCUGAAAACCCAGGAAGACCUGCGUGAAAGCUUACAGCAGGCUCUAGCUGAAAAGCAGAAGCUUGGUGAGAAAAAUGAAGGCCUGCUGGCUGAUAUAGAAGUGUCAAAUAAAGAGCUCAAAAAGGUCACAAAAGACAAGACACAAUUGGAGGCCUCUAAUGACAGCCUUUCAAAGCUCUUAGAAGAGAUUAAAGCUAGUAGGGCAUCAACAGAUUCUGAACGUAUUCAGUUACUGCAAGAGAAGGAAAUCUUGGCUUCCUCUGAGAAGAGACUUUUAGGAGAAAGAGAAGAACUUUUGAGUGAAAACAAGGCCCUUUUGGAAAAGCUGACUAAGGUCUCUGAAGAGGCUGCCCAGACUGAGAAAACAUUGAAUGAGAAGCUAAGCCAGGUCAGCACAGAAAAGGAGCAGGCGUCUCAGAAAUCCACAAGGCUUAAGAAGCAGAAUGAUAGCCUUACGAAGGAAAAAGCCGUUCUGGAAGCAAAAUGUACUGACCUCCUCGCCGAGAAACAGAAUGCGGCCAAAGCGCUAUGUGACUUGAAGAGGAAGCACGAAUUGGACAUUUCUGCAAGGAGGAUGCUGACACAAGACAAAGCCAAGCUCCAGGGCAGCGUUGAAUCUCUGAAGCGGGACCUUGACCAGAAAACAGAAGAAAACCAGGAGCUUACCAAAUACAAGUCGGAGCUGUCCAAAAUCUUGAAAGAGACCCAGAGUGCCAAAACGGUAUUGGAAAAUGAGUAUUCUGCUUUACUUCAUGCCAAGCAACUGCUGGCAUCUUCGUUUAAGAGCAGUUCUUCAGAAAAAGAGAUACUGAGCAAAGAGAAGGCCCAGUUGCAGGGUGAAUGCCAAAAACUGAGUAAAGAUCUCAAAAUAGUCCAGGAUAAGUACUCAGUAGAACAGAAAGGUUGGAAGUUGGAGAAGGAGUCUUUUGAGGUAGAGAACAAACAACUUCAUAACUAUGUUGGCCAGUUAGAGAAGGAAAAGGAAGAGUUAACAUCGACAAAUAAAGAGCUGUUGGCUGACAGAGAUAAACUUAAACAGGAGAAAGUAAAAUCUGAAUCCAAACUAGAGGAAAUUAUGAAGGAAAAUGAGAUUCUUAAUGCUGAGUCCAAUCGGCUGGCAUCCAAUAUUGAAAGGAUGAAAAAAGAGUUUUCAGCACUGACGAACUCCAAAGCAGAACUCCAGGCAUUACAUAGUAGUGUCUCCAAAAUGCUAGAAGAACUGCGCUCCAGCCAUGAAAUCUCAGAACUGGAGCGGGGCAAGCUUCUUCAGGAGAAUGAGAUUCUGCUUUCCGAGCAGAAGCACCUGAUCACGAUAAAGGAAGAAAUCUUGAAAGAAAAAGAAAAGUUCUCAGAAGACUACUACAAACUACACGAGGAGGUCACCCUUUUAGCGCAGGCCAACAGUGAGAUGUCAACCAGCCUUGCAGCAUCUCAAAACAAAAACGUGGUCCUGCAGAAAGAAAAGGAUGAGCUUGUCUUGAAAUUGAAAGAAAUUGAGAGUCUUCAGGAACAGGCGGUAAUGCAGAGAUUUGAGACUGCACAAACAGCAGAGGAUGCUUUGCAAAUAGUUGAGCAAGUGACCAAAGAGAAAGAAGCCCUUCAAAAGGAAAAAAUGGAAACUUUGGCUUCACUUGAAGAGUCUAGACAGACCAAUCAGAAGUUGCUGCAGGAACUGGACACCCUUAAAGAAAGGAACCUAAAGAACGAAGAGGAUCUUAACAUGUCUCUGGAGCUCCGGAAUAUUGAAAACAAAAAAAUGGAGGAGAUUAGAGAAGAACUAGAAGCGCUAAAGCUGGCAGAGGCUGAGAAGUCCCAGCAGCUUGCAGCCUUGCAAGAAGAGAACAUUAAACUUGCUGAAGAGCUUGGCAAAGGGGAAGUCACAAGUCACGAGAAGCUGGACGAAGAGAGAUCUGUCCUCAAUAACCAGUUAUUAGAGAUGAAAAAGAGAGAAUCUGACUUAAAAAAAGAAAUUGAUGAAGAGAGAGCUUCAUUACAGAAAUCCAUCAGUAUUACUAGUGCCUUGAUUACAGAGAAGGAUGAAGAACUGGAAAAACUCAGAGACGAGGUCACAGUGCUCCGCGGAGAGAAUGCCACUGCAAGGAAUUUGCAUUCGCUAGUUCAAUCACUGGAGUCUGAUAAGCUGAAACUUGAGCUAAAAGUAAAGAAUCUGGAACAGAAGCUCAAAGAGAUCCAGAGAUCUUCUCCUUGUUCCACAGAUGACAGAGCUGGUGAGGCUGCACAGGACGAAGCCACUCAAGAAAACCAGCAUAUGAUUGAUUUCCUGAAUUCUGUAAUUGUGGAUCUUCAGAAGAAGAAUGACGAACUAAAAUUGAAAGUUGAAAUGAUGUCAGAGGCUGCUCUCAAUGGCAACGAAGAAGAAGUUACUCAGUAUGACAGUGAGGAAGAAAGCCAAGUCAAAAAGAAGCCUCGCCUUUUCUGUGACAUUUGUGACUGUUUUGAUCUCCAUGACACUGAAGAUUGUCCAACUCAAGCACAAGCACCAGACGAACCUCCACAUUCAACGUACCACGGUAGCCGCAAUGAAGAGCGCCCCUAUUGUGAGAUCUGUGAAGUGUUUGGACAUUGGGCUACAAACUGCAAUGACGACGAGACCUUCUGAUGCAGGAGGGGACCAGGGAGAAAACCCUUUCCUCUGCGCAUAAGCCAGACCACGUCCACCACCAGCAUCCACGUGUGCCGAUAUCUGGGGGGAGGGGGGGAAAGGACAGCCACCCUUUUGGCAAACUACUUUAUUCUGCCCUUGCUCAAAGAUCAACAAAUAAUUUAUUUACGAGUUCAUUUUCAACUUCUCGAUUUUCAUCACCUUUCAAGGGAAACUUCCCUUAAUUUCAUGUUGUUUACCAAUGGGGGGGGGGGGGGAACACUAGUUACAUUUUAGCUUCUUUAAAAGACCUUUAAAAUUGUGCUGUUGAUUUUCAUAUUUGCACUAAGCUCUUAAAGCUGCAGUUGUCUGUUUUUAGAUUUUUGUAAAGCUUUUCGACACUGGAAUGAGUUAAGAGAGGAGCUCUUUUUUAAUUCUUUUCACCUUAGUUCUCUCUUGAUCAAAUACAUGAGCUCUGGUGCGCUACCUAGAGAUCAGUAGUGCCUUUAUUUUCAGCAAGAUUUCUUAGCUGUAUGAAAUGUUGUAUAGAAGCAGGUAAGGAAACAAGCUACUGUGGGGCAAUUUUUACCAAGAAACCUCCAUGCUGUGCACACUGAGAACAUACCUUUCCGUGUUCUUUCAGCUUCUGUAGAGUUGUACAUAAAUACAUAUAAAUAUAUUUAAGAAAAGAUUUAUAUUUUGGAAAAUUAUCUUAUUGUCUUCAGUGCUUCUUCUCUUCAUCUGAACUCCUCAGAGGACCUUUGUGCACAGUGCAGUAUCUUGAUCAAAUGACUAACUAGCCUCAGAUUUGGGAGACUUUUUUUGUAACUGGGAUUUUUUGUUUGUACCAAAAAAAAUUCUUCCAGCAGAUUUAUUUCCUGUAAGAGGUUUUCUUUUUAAGUCCAUUCAGAAAAGGAGACUUUUUAAAUUAAUAAUUUAUUUAUUUCCCUUUCAGUCUCGGUUUUGUUCCAAAUGAAUGUAAAAUAGAAAAUUCAAUAUCGAAUAGUUGUGGAUUUUCUACGAAGCAAAAUCUUUACGAGAAAUAAAGGGAAGAAAAAAAAGGAAAACCAACCAAACACACUGUUAUGGGUGAAAACUAUGUCAUGCUUAUUUUACUGCAUGUGACGUUCCUGGUGACAUUACUCUGUCACGGAGUUGAUGGUGUGUGUACUACUUAACAUAAGUAAAGGUGAUAGAUACCACAUAAGCUGAUUUUUGAAUGUUUGAAAUACAAUUUUUUUUUAAAAAAAAGCUUCCCUGCUGUCUGUACAUUAUAGAGGAAUUUAACUCUUGUAUAAGUCUGUAUAUAUACAUAUCUAUAUAUCUGCACCGCUGGUGUAUUUUUCCUCCAGAUUACAGACAGUAUUUGGUUUAUGGGUAUGAAGUCAGUUUAAGGUAAUUGUUUGAAAUUUGGAGUUAUGAAUGUAUAAUAGGGAUAGUUUAAAAAAAAGCAGGGAAGUCAGUAUUAAACUUGAGUGUACUGUAUCUUUAAUAAAAUGGUUAUUCUCUUGUCA